AUGGACACUCAAAGACCCUCUUCAUCUACUUCUGAAAUAAAAAGAGAUCAUUCAUCUCCGCCUGGAUGGAAAUAUGAAGUUUUCCUUAGUUUCUAUGGCAGAGACACCAGAAGGGGUUUCACAGAUCAUCUACAUGCUGAUUUAAAACGGAAAGGCAUUGUCGUCUUUAAGGAUGACAAAACACUCAAGCAAGGAGAAUACAUUUCUCAAGCGCUUCUAAAAGCAAUUCAAGAAUCGGAAUACGCCAUCAUCAUACUUUCAGCAAAUUAUGCUUAUUCCAAAUGGUGUCUUAUGGAACUUGCCGAGAUCGUUAAACGGGAGGAAAAGAAGAAGCUGAUCACAAUUAUUCCUAUCUUCUAUCAUGUCGAUCCUUCAGACAUAAGAAAUCAAAGAGGGACUUUUGCAGAAGCUUUCGCCGCACAUGAAAAAGAUCCCAAUGUAGACAUCAAAGAGAUUGAUAUGUGGAGAAAUGCUUUCAGAAAAGUGGGCGAAAUUGUCGGAGAGCACGUAAAUCAUAACAAGUACGAAUCAACAAUUAUACAAAAAGUCUGUGGACGUAUAUCUAAUGAGUUGAAUUCUAGAUUCUCACGCCAUGAUUAUGAGAAACUUGUUGCAAUAGACUCCCAUGUAGAUGAAAUGAUGAAGAUAUUGGAUAUUGAAUCGAACAAUGUUCACUUUGUAGGAAUUUAUGGCAUGGGUGGUGUAGGGAAGACACUGCUAGCCGAAAUAAUUUAUGAUCGAGUUUCUUGUCAGUUUGAAGGAAGCAGCUUUAUUUAUUGUAUUAGAGAAGAAUCUAGAGCUCGUGGUCUAGCUUCUUUACAGAAACAACUUCUUUCUAUGAUCAUAAAAGAAAAAAUACAUGUAUGGGAUCAUCACCAUGGAAGUGAGGUGAUAAGCAGGAGGUUACGUGAUAAAAAGGUUUUUAUCGUCCUGGACGAUGUUGACAGUGACGAGCAACUGACAGCAUUAGCAAAGGAUCGGAAAUGGUUUGGUCCAGGCAGUAGGGUGAUUAUAACAUGUAGAGAUAGUCAUUUGUUGAGAACACAUGGAGUGUAUGAUAUCUUUAAGGUUGAGCUUCUUCAAACUACUGAAGCUUUGCAACUCUUUCGUUUGUCAGCCUUCGAUAAAACCCAACCUCCGGAGAUUUAUGAGGAUCUAUCUAUUGAUUUUGUGAAUUAUGCUCACGGCCUUCCUUUAGCUCUAAAAGUUUUGGGUUCUUUCUUGCGUGAUAGAACAAUAGAUGCGUGGAAAAGUGAGAGGGGUCAGCUAGAAAGAAUUCCUCACACAAAAAUUAUGAAUGUACUUCAAAUAAGUUUUGAUAAGCUGGAGUAUUGGCAAAAAGAGUUAUUUUUGGAUAUGGCAUGUUUGUUCCGAUCGGGACAGCUUUGGGUGGAUAACAUAUUUUAUGAGAUGUUAAAAAGUCUCGGUUAUCAUUGCAUCGACAUUGACGUUCUCGUUGAGAAGGCCCUCAUAAGCAAAUCACAAUAUGGAUGGUUGUACAUGCAUGAUUUACUAAAAGAAAUGGGACAGGAAAUAGUUCGCCGGGAAUGCCAUGAAGAACCUGGACGACGUAGUAGAUUGUGUGGUCUCGAGGAUGUCUUUCACGUGCUGAAAAAUGAUACUGGAAGCGAUGCAAUUAAAGGCAUCGUCAUGGAUUUUUGUCCUGAAACCAAAGAGAUCAGAAUCAACGCCAAAGCAUUGUCAAAGAUGAGAAAAUUGAGAUUUUUUAAAUUCCAUGAAUCUCAAACUAUAAAAUGGCGUGGAAAACCUUUAAAAUACAUGCCAACCAAUGAGUUGCGAUUCCUAGAGUGGUCCGGAUAUGCUUCGAGAUCCUGGCCGAGCAGUUUCCAACCGAACAAUCUUACUAUACUAAGGAUGUAUAACAGUCGCAUGAAACAACUAUGGAAGGGGUCGAUGGUUUUUUACAAUUUGAAGGUCUUAGAUGUGAGUGGUUCUGAGGAUUUGAUUAAAACACCAGAUUUGACAGGUGCACCAAAUCUUGAGAAACUAGACUUUUCAGGUUGUAGAAGCUUGUGUGAGCUCCACCCAUCCAUCGAAGCGAUCAAAGGACUAGAAGAAUUAAGAAUGUCUGGCAGCCGAAUCAAAGAACUAUGGAAGGGUUUGGUGGUUUUUGAAAAUUUGAAGGUCUUAGAUGUGAGUGAUUCUAAGAACCUGAUUAAAACACCAGAUUUGACUGGAGCCCCACUUCUCGAGAACUUAAACCUUUCAGGUUGUAGAAGCUUGUGUGAGGUUCACCCAUCUAUAGGAAGUCUCAAGCGAUUAAAAGAGUUGUGGCUUAACAAAUGUUCAGGACUUAAGAAGUUGCCAGACCUGAGUAGGUUGGAAUGCCUGACGGAUCUUUGGGCACUCGAAACUGCCUUAACACAAAUCCCAUCUCUGGAUCUAAUCCCCAAGAGCAUCCGGGAAUUUCAUCUCGAAGUAAGAGAGUUCAUGCCAGAUCCCAGCUAUGAUAUUGGAUCAUUUGUAGAAUAUGAGAUGGAAGGAAUAUAUGAUCUGGUAAAAUCACUUAGCAUUGGUCUUGACGGAGGAGAUAGAACUCGUGGCAUAUCCGGUACAUAUUAUUCGGAUAUAGCUGGCGAAACGGUGGGGCAGUGUGUGUUUGAGUGUUUCUCUCAUUCUCUUCUUUAG